CGAGAGACAACCGGUUAAAGCUGUCCGACUUUGGCACCGGUACGGUUCCUGACGUUUGAGAGUGUGCAUGACUGACUGUUCUCAGAGCGUUCUUCCUCUCCGACGCACCCCUAUCUCCAACAACACCCAUCGGUCUCCGCAGCCCCGAGCUGAUACUCAAUCGGCCGUUCGACAGCAGUAUUGACGUCUAGUUCUUCGGCUGUCUAGUCUACGAGUUUCUCACAAGCGGGCCGCUAUUCACGGUAGCGGUAUCUGGCUACGACCAAGCGCACCGAGACAAGGCGGACGAUGACCACUUCGUCCAGCUUGACGACAAAAUAGGACGGUUGCCUGAGUCUAUCAUGCGUGACUGGCCGGUGGCAAGUAAGUGGUACGAUUCAAAUCACAAGCAGUUAUGCCCAUGUGGUGAGUACGAGCCGUACGAGUCGCUCGAGCAACGCUUGGCGAUGCACAAGCAUCCUGACAUCGGCGAUGAGGAAGCAGCCACCAUCUGUCAGCUUAUCUGAGAGACCCUGGCGUACAAUCCGGCGGAGCGACCUUCAGCAGAAGAGCUGUUCAAGCACCCUUGGUUUUCG